AUACAGAUGCAACACCAUCUUCUUUAACCUUCCGCUCUCAUUUGAUGCUCCAAAAGACUCUAUGCUGUCGUCGUUUUUUACUUCUGGUUAGCCAUGAAUGCUCGAAGAGGGGGAUUCGACUUCCUCGCUCAGAGUCCUUUCCACAACCCUCAAAAUAGUCAGCAUGAGACGUUUCUGCAGCAGUUGCAGAGUAAUAAUAACACUCUGACCUACGGAGUUGCGGCUGGCCUUUUGGCUUAUUUUGUCUUAAAUUACCUCGGAGUUGCGCCGAUUUCGAUACCACGAGCUCUGUGGAACCUCAUAGUCUAUUUGACACCGUCUCGAAUAGUUGUUGCCCUGGAUUCGAAGACAUCGAACCUAGAUUCAACUGACAAGGACCUUCUUUCCAUGAACUUUCAAGCGAAGAGCGAAGCAAUGCAACGUAUCCUUGGACUCAACAACUCCUCCCUCUCCUCCUUUCUUCCCUGUUCUACGACCUUUUCAGGAUUCGGUACAGCGUUACUCGGCGCCAAGGACAAUCUGCCCCCGGGACUCGGAAACUGGGACAAUUCAUGCUACCAGAAUAGCAUCAUUCAGGGUCUAGCAUCUCUGCGCUCGCUUGCGGAGUUCUUGGAGCGCAACAUCCGGACAUUAGGGGAUAAAGGAUCCUUUUCGACUCAUCAGGCUCUCAAAGGCGUCAUCGAGCGAUUAAACAGUGCUGAUAAUCAUGAUCAGCGGCUGUGGAUUCCGGCGGAGCUCAAGUCGAUGAGCAGUUGGCAGCAGCAGGAUGCGCAGGAAUAUUUUUCGAAAGUUGUGGGCCAGGUCGAUCACGAGGUGCAACAGGCUACGAAACGCCGGACGAGGAAUUUGGGGUUGAAAAUGGCAGGGCCGGUCGAGAACAUCAUCGGGGCAGAAGCUUCACAUACAGAUGCGGAUGACGCAGACGUUCCAUCUCCUUGUGCAACUGAACGGCACCCGACGCGCAACCCUCUAGAGGGCCUUCUUGCGCAAAGAGUAGGUUGCAUGAAAUGCGGCUGGACCGAGGGUCUUUCCCUCAUUCCGUUCAACUGCCUUACGUAUAUGCACCUCGAGCCCAUCGAAGGUGUGGAAUGUGCAAAGUGCACCCUUUUACGCGCCAAGGACCAGCUAGAAAAUCUUCUUAAACAGAUCGAAGAAGACAUGAAGCUGCCAGAUACACCUGACUCCUCAAAAGUCUCAGGAGCGCUCCGGACCUCCGCUGAAGAGCGAUUGCGGGCUGUUGAGGAAGCACUAGAAGAGGAUGAUUUUGCGGAAAAGACCUUGUCGAAGAAGUGUCAUAUUCCGUCGAAGAACCGCGUCACGUCGACCAAAUCAAGACAGGCGGUAAUCGCGAGAACGCCGAAAUGCCUUGUGAUACAUAUCAACCGAAGCAUGUUUGAUGAGAAUACAGGGAUGCUCAGGAAGAAUUAUGCUGCCGUCAGGUUUCCCAAUGUACUUGACUUGAAUGAAUGGUGUCUGGGGACAAAGUCAUCCAGUUGGGGUCAGAUGGACACCGAAAGAUGGGGUACCGACCCUAGGGAGUCUAUGCUCCCUGAAGCUGGGUCGGCUUCCGAUGUCUCCGGCCGCUUCUUCGAGUUGCGGGCGGUGGUUACGCACUAUGGCCGCCACGAGAAUGGACAUUAUAUCUGCUACAGGAAAUACCCGUCUGAUCUUUUCCCGGCCCACGUUCCAGACACCGUGCUGGAGGCGGAUGGUGAGAAGGACAAGGCUGAACGGUGGUUCCGACUCAGUGACGACGAUGUACAAAUGGUCAGUGAGGCAAGCGUGAUGUCUCAGGGUGGUGCUUUUAUGCUGUUUUACGAAGCCGUCGAUCGGCAGCGCUCAGAAUAUACUCGGACUGAGGGAACAUACGCAGUGGAGGGCAAGAAACUCGAGUCCGUAUGCAAUGUCGCAACAUCAAACGAUAUGUCUACGACGUCCACGAUCACCGACGGUUCUCCUGAUACCUCCCCGGCGACAAGCGUAUCCGCUACAGACAGAUUCGAUGUGCCCCUUGACAAGCUUCAGCUUCUGACUGAUGAUCAUGCAAGUUCACUGGGCAAAUCUUCUGUUGAGGUUACGCCUUAA